CCUUGCACACCUGCUCUGGGCCUGCAUCGCUUGCCUCUGCUCCCCAACCCCUGUCACCACCACCUUGGGCCUUGGAAGGAAGCUGAGCCCUGGGCCUUGGGGGAGAGGUGUGCUCCCUUUGUAUGGAGUGCAGCAGAAGGCAGGAGACCAGACUUAGGGCCACAGACUCAGCUUCGAGCGCCGUUCUGCUGUGUGACUCAGGGCAAGCCACGUCCCCUCUCUGAGCCCCAGUUCCCCAUCAACUAAGGGUUAACACUGAGAUCACGAGGCUGCUGAGGGUUAAAUGGGAGCCCACAGGGGACGAGCUCAGCUGAGCCUCCCGCCUCGGAUCACCGCGACCCGGAUGGGGAGUGAGCUCUGGGGCCGGCCCGCCGCUCCACUGGGUCCCCACCUCCGUGAAACGUGGAGAACAGGCCUCAUGACAGAGUCUCCAUGAUGCCGAGACCCCCGGUCAGUCCUCAGCCCUCCACUUACCUGACCCAGUGGAUACACCCUCUUCUUUGAAGCACUUUCUUGGCCAGGUCACUCAUCUGCCUCAGUUUCCCUCCUCCCGGCCGUUGAUUCUUGCCUCUUUGCUGGUUCAUUCACUUCCCCAAACCCUGAACCUGCAGUAGCCAGGGCUCAGCUCCUGGGUCCUCCUCUUGUCCACACCUGUGCUGUCCAGGAUGCCAGCUGCAGGUGGUGACUUUAUUUUACAUUGAAGUGGAAUUUUAACAUUCAUUAAAAUAAAUUUCAAUUCAUUCAAAUGAAAUUGAAAAUUCCGUUCCUCAGUGGUCACAGGCCAAGUUUAUUAAGACGAAGUGAAAUUGGAAAUUCACUCCCUCAGUUGCACGAGCCUCAUUUCAUGUGCUUGGUAGCCACGUGGUUCGAUUUUCAUCUGAAUUAACUAAAAUCAAGCGAAAUUUAAAAUUUCCAUUCCUCAGUUACUCUCGCCACGUGGCAGGCACUCAAGGAUGGUGACAGAUGAUCAGUGGCUUCCGUGGUGGAUAGCACAGAGAGGACACCUGAUACCUACUUGUAGAAUAAGAGACUGUGCGCGUGAAACGCUCCACCCAGGCGCUGCCUUAUGGGGACCAUCUAAUCAGAGCUUAAAACAAACAAAAAACCGAAAAGCUUUUAGAAGCAGGCAUGGGGAAGAGAAGGCAGCAUCACCAGUGAGAGUGCUCUGGGCCCGCCUCCCAGGGAGUAAUGAAAGUAGUAACUUACGUUUGACCCUUUACAAGCCGAGUACUGCAGAGCUGUCAUCAAGCUGCAGUGUCGUGGUCAGCGGGCCGCCCAGUGGGGUUGUCACCUCCAGAUUACAGAGCAGGAGCGGAGGUGCAGGUCACCUGGUCCUGCCCAGAGCCCCACUGGCUGUCUCAAGUGCUUGCCACCCGGGUGUCUCAGACCUUCUGGGUCCAGGACAGCCUUGGCUUCAGUCAGAGCUGGGCUGUCGUGGGCCCCCUUCCCAACCGCCAGAAGAUAAAGCUGCCCCCCGGCGGCUUCUCUCCGGCCGCAGGUUCCUCAUGAGAGUGCUGGACUCCUACGGUGAUGACUACCGCGCCAGCCAGUUCACCAUCGUGCUGGAGGACGAGGGCAGCCAGGGCACAGACGCCCCCACCCCAGGCAACGCCGAGAACGAGCCUCCAGAGAAAGAGGGGCUGUCCCCGCCUAGAAGGACGCCUGCACCCCCAGAACCUGGCAGCCCGGCCCCUGGCGAGGGGCCCAGCGGGCGGAAGAGGCGGCGAGCACCCCGGGACGGCCGCCGAGUGGGAGCUGCGCUGACUCCAGAACUGGCCCCGGUGCAGAUUAAGGUCGAGGAAGACUUCGGCUUUGAAGCGGACGAGGCCCUAGACUCCAGCUGGGUUUCUCGGGGGCCGGACAAGCUGCUGCCCUACCCCACCCUAGCCAGCCCCGCCUUUGACUGACCCCACCCCCACCCCAGUAAACCAACCCCUACACUCGC